AUGUGGUUUAUAGUCCUUUUGUCCUGCUUUGGGGUGAUCAGUGGUCGGACACCACUUGAUCAUGCAGUGUACAACGAGAGGCUGAAUGAAAGGGUUGUCGGAGGGUCAGAUGCGCAACCAAACUCAUGGCAAUGGCAGGUUUCCCUUCAGUUUGACUCGUCAGGUUACCAGCAAUACUAUCAUAUCUGCGGUGGGACUCUAAUCCAUCACUCACAUAUCAUGACUGCUGCCCACUGUAUACUCAGCUAUGAUCCCGGGCACUACCGUGCGGUCAUGGGAGAACACAACCUGUAUGAAUAUGAUGGCAGUGAGCAGUUCCGCUCAGUGAACAACAUAAUAAUUCAUCCUGGCUGGACUGGUGAACUUGGCAAUGGAAAUGAUAUUGCCCUGCUAAGACUUGUGCAUCCAGUUAACAACAAUGGUUUUGUAAGACUUGCUGACCUACCAUAUGCUGGUGAGGUCCUGCCCCAUGAUUUCACCUGCUAUAUAACUGGGUGGGGGCUACUUGCAACCGGUGGAAGCGUUCCUGCCAUCCUUCAGGAAGCUCCUCUUCCUGUGGUGGAACACUCUGUGUGCUCCACCUAUGAGUGGUGGGGCAGUCUGGCCAAGAAAACCAUGGUGUGUGCAGGUGGAGAUGGAAAGACAGCUGGUUGCCAGGGUGACUCAGGAGGUCCCCUCAACUGCUUCACUGACGGUGCCUGGAGGGUCCAUGGCGUGGUCAGCUACGGUCCUGCUGAGAACUGUAACAUGUUCCGCAAGCCCACUGUCUUCACCAGAGUGUCUUCCUUCACAGACUGGAUAUACAAUGUAAGCUUCAUCUCUUUCUCAAAGAACUGCAGCAUCCAUUUUAAAAUGCUAGGACCAUGUUUUCAGAGAGAUGUGGCCUAG